AUGUCAAAUUUGAAUACAGAUCACAAUGCCACUACCACAAUGAUGGCUACAAAAAAAGUACGUAACAGUAUUUUGAAUAAAUCUUUUAAAAUAAAUGCGGUGUCGGUGCCAGUGUUGAUGCCACCAAAAGGGGCUAAUCGUGUGCCAAAAUGUGCGCGUUGCCGCAAUCAUGGCAUUAUCUCUGAAUUGCGUGGUCACAAAAAACUUUGCACCUACAAGAAUUGCAAAUGUGUGAAGUGUGUGCUAAUCUUCGAACGGCAGCGUAUUAUGGCGGCACAGGUUGCUCUCAAGCGUCAACAGGCGGUGGAAAAUGCCAUUGCACUGCGGUUGAUGUCCACAAAGACGGGCACACAAAUCGAUACGUUGCCUGAAGGACAAAUCUUUGGAUUAUCCACGGGUUCUUUAGAAGGUGGUGCAGACGUGGGGUACGCAAAGGAAAGGCAUGAACACGAGCAUGAGCAAGAGCACCACCAAAAGCAACAAAAUCAAAUCCAACAUAUAGCUGAGGAUCUCAGUCCGUCCAGCUAUGUUGGUAGUUUGAGUCAUGAAGCAAAAAAUACCUCAAAAAUCUCACCUACCACUUCAUUGCCACCUGUAAUCUCUCAAAACGCUAUAGACAUGUUGGCACAACUUUUUCCGCACCGCAAACGCUCUGUGCUGGAGUUGAUACUGAAACGUUGUGACUUGGAUUUGGUGCGUGCCAUUGAGACUGUCGCACCUGCGAUGAGCAGCGCAUUAACCGAAGCGCCCACAGCAACAACAACAGCUGUAGUUAGUCAUGAAUCAUUAGUUGCGACAUCAGUACCUAUUCGAAGUGCCUUCAAACCGGUCACUGCUGAACAGUACGCCCACAAAUCAGGACUCGCUGCCAGCAGUGGCGGCGCAUCUAUUGGAACUCCCGCUGUCUGCGCUUAUCCCAAAUGGUUUGUGCCGCUCUCUUUUCCUGUCACCAUGGGUCAUCUAUCGAAUAUAGCACCGCGUUGUACCCUCCCCAAUUGCACCUGCAUGGAUACGUAUCAAUUCAAUUGAAGUUACAAACAAAAAACAGCUAAUAAUAAA